AUGCCUCCCAAAGCCGCCAAGAGUGAGUACAUUGAGACUGACACGGGCAACAAGAUCUCGCGCCGCUCCCAAAUUCACGGCACACAACAUAUUAUCCUCGGCGGAAAGACAGUCAUCCAAGCCGAAGCCGUCAUCCGCGGCGACCUCUACCGUCUCCCCUCCACAGUCGCCUCCACAGACCCCAACAACCCACCCCAGCAAUCUAAUGCCCCCAGCGUCGCGAUCACGGUCGGUCGAUACAGCUAUAUCUCCAAGAGUGUGAUCCUACGCCCGCCGAGCAGGUUACAUCGCGGCGUGCACUCGUUCUACCCGCUGAAAAUUGGGGAUCAUGUCUUUGUGGGUGAGUCGGCCGUUGUGGAGGCCGCGUCAUUGGGGAAUCAUGUUCACGUAGGCGCGGGCGCGACAAUCGGGAGCAUGGCUAUUGUGAAGGACUUUGCGGUUGUUUUGGAUGGUGCGGCUGUGCCGCCCUGUAUGGUUGUGCCUAGUUGGUGUGUUGUUGGAGGACGACCGGCGCGAAUUGUUGGGGAGGUUGGCGAGGGGUAUGGGGUUGAAGGGGCGGAGGGUGGUUUGGCGAGGGAAAGGUAUCGAGUUGUUGGACGGCCAUGA